UUUAUGAACGUUAUCAUCAUUUUGUUUUGAAAUAUAUAUUUCAGUAUAUUUCAAUUCAUUUUAACUAUGUUUUGGAUAUAACGAUUUUUAAAAAAUAGCUACAAGAGUUGAAUUUUGUUUGUUACUUUGAAUGUUUUCUCUUGAGAUCCCUAGUUCGAAACAAGUUUAUAUGAUUAUCGUAUAUUUGGUUUUGUUCACUGUUUAAGAAAACAUAAAAAGUGUUGUCAUUACUUACAAAGCUACAUUAAAAUCGUUUAAAUAAUUAAUUUUGUUUUAUUUAUAUCAAACCAUAUUAAUUUAAUAUUAUCAUAUUUUCUAAAAAUUAGUUAUUGUUAGGCAUGAGCAUGACAUAUAUUUUAAUCACUGCAAAACUUACAUAAAGACUACAAAUUUAGUGUUGUAAUUUCGUUUUCAAGAUAAAUAUUUACUUUUUAUUUUUAUUUUAUUUUCCAAAGAAGAGAAUAAUUUAAUAGUAAACAUAAAUUGUAUAAGAUUUGUUUGCAUUGCGUUUCUUAGUAUCGAUACAUAAAUAUAUGUAUUUCUUUAUGACCAAAUCUUAAUUUGCGUUCUGCAAAAUAAUAGUGAGAAAUUCGUACUUGAGAAAGGGAAAAAAACUUUUUCAUAUGACUAAGAAAUAUUAGACAAAUGUAUUUAGGAAAAAAAAUACUGGUAAAUCUUGAAUUCUUUAACAUAAUAUUUUACUGAAGUAAAUUAUAUAUUUGGUUCAUUGAUUAAUAGAUAAUUAGAUUUACAUGCAUUUAUGUAUCGAGAAGGUAAAUUUUUUUAUUAUCUAUUAAUACAUAAAUACAUGUAUAUCUAAUUUUCAAAGAAUCACCGGACCAAAUAUAGAACCAGCUUCAGUAAAAUAUUAUGUUAAAAUUUUUAAGAUUUACCAGUAUUUUUUUCCUAAGUACAUUUUCCUAAUAUCUCUUAGUCCUAUGAAAAAAAAAAGAGUUUUUACCUUCUCAAGAACGAAAACACGUCAAUGCAUGUAUAGGAUAGUAUAAUCUUAUUAAAAAUUGUUAUAACCUGAAAAAUUUAAUAAAAAUAAAUUUAUAUUUAUUUGAACAAAAAACUAAUGUAUAUGUAUUUUAGUUAUCUACUUGAAUUUUAACUAAAUUUACAAAUUAUAAUUGAAAACCAAAUCUUAGAAAUUGCCCACGUGUUUGCAAUGAUUUGUUUCAAAAUAGCUAUAACAUUUUUGCAAAUACAGUAUAUGAUCCUGAAAAAUAAAUAAAUAAUCAAAAAUAAUAAAUAUUUUAAAAGUAAAAAAUAAUAAAAUAUUAAAAAUAUUUUGUCUUUCGAGAAUAUUUUUUAGAUUUAUAACCAGUAGAAAAAUAAAAAGAUAUUAAUCACCGUCAAGAAAAAUAUUAUCUUAUAUUUAUUGACCGGUGGUUAAUAUUUAUUAUUUUCUUACUAGUCAUAAAUCUAAAAUAUAUUCUCUACCUAAAAGACAAUUUUUGUGUGUGUGUGUUUUUGGGUGUUUGUUGUUGUGUAUUUGAGUUCAUGGAUGUGUGUGUCUUCUUAUAGUGAUGGAUGGGUAUGAAAAUUAAUCACAGUAAAGAAAAUAAUUAAUCUUAUCUUUAUUGACCGGGGAUUAAUAUUUUUUAUUUUUUUACUGUCAUAAAUCUAAAUAUAUUCGCUACCUAAAAAGAUAAUUUUUUUUUUUGAAGACAAAUUUUUCAUACCCCUCCAUCAGGACCAUCACUAUAAAAAGGCACACACAACCAUGAACUUAAACACAACAACAAACACCACAAACACACAAACAAACAAAAAAACACCAUGACAAGGAAGAAGGUGAAACUUGCUUUCAUUCUCAAUAACGCCUCGAGAAAAGCAACCUACAAGAAGAGGAAGAAAGGCUUGCUCAAAAAAGUGCAUGAGCUAUCCACUCUAUGUGGGAUUCCCGCUGGGGCUAUCAUUUACAGUCCCUACGAUCCUACCCCUGAGGUGUGGCCUGAUGCUGAUGGCAUCCAGCAAGUGAUUGCUGCUUUCCGGAGCUUGCCGGAACUAGAACGGCACAAGAACAUGGUCAAUCAAGAGGAGUACCUCAAACAGAGGAUAGAGAAAGCCGGAAAAAUUCUGAAGAAGCAGACGAGGGACAACCGUGAGGUUCACUUCACCGAAGUCAUGUAUCAAUGUCUCAUGGGGAACAUGGGAGUGGCGGGUGCUAGAGCCAUGGAUCUUAACGAUCUAGGCUUUCUUAUUGACCAGUAUCUUAAUUGUCUUGAUCGCAGGAUUGAGACUUUACUAGGCUCGUCAAACAUGGAGAUUGGUGAAUCCUCCAAUGCUGUUGCGGCUAUGGAUCAGGAUCCUUCUGAGCCGGCUGGAACAUUGCCCCUCGUGGAAGGUGCAACCGCUCCAGCCUCUGCUGUCCAUGGGGUGGGUUCUUCUUCCUCCUCUGCUGCUGGUGGUGGUGGUGCAUCUUUCAAUCAAAUGUACCCGUUUCCUCAGAAUCAGCAGAUGUUUUAUCAACCAUCUGCUCCAUUUGCUGGAUACUACGAGCAACCUCCUAGCCAGAACCAGUUUAUGGAGAUGAUGAACCGUCCUGAGCACAUGCAGGCUUAUGCUGCUAACCAAAUGGGGUUCCCAUUUAUGGAAAAUGCCCAUCACUACCGUCAGCCUAACCAGCCUCAGCCGCAGCAGUUCUUCCCAGGUGAGUCCUCCACUGCUCCGCAGCGUCCGUUCUUCCCAGGUGAAUCCUCCGCUCCUCCACCACCCGGCACCUCAGGCAGUGAGCCACCUGCUACAGCUCCAUAUCCUCCCAAUAAUAUUUGGUUUCGUUAAGGUUUGGAGCGACGACGUUCACGUUAUGAUGAGACGACAAAGCUAUGAUUACUCUCACGUGUUUUCUUUGUGUUGCCGUUUUAUUUGAUGUUAAACGUUAUUGCAUUUGUUUUUUCUUUUAGUUUUUAUUGCACUACAUUUCUUGC